AUGUCCGAACCUUCACCACCACCACCAUCACCACGCCAUGUCCUUCGGACCCAAUCUUCUGGUGUGACUUCCCUCUUCAUCUCCCUGGACAACGAGCGAAUUUACUCUGGAGACGGUUCUGGAUUCAUUGUAUUGACGUCGACGCGUACAUUGCGUCCUAUAUCCUCUUGGAAGGCCCACAACGACGGAGUACUCGGUGUACAGGAGUGGGGAGCAAAUAUCAUCACACAAGGUCGAGACAAUAAGCUUCACGUAUGGCGUCCCGUCGAAGAGCUGCCAGGAAUCGGAGGAUCAGCAGCUCUAUCUGAAUCACUCGUUCCCGUCCUUCGAUACUCGAUGGAGGUGAAUGCCUUGAACUAUUGCAGGUUUUCGUUGAUGCCCUUGCCGCCGGACGACAGCGAAACAGGCUCAUCGUCCAAGGACCAAUCCGACGCGGCUCUUAUUGCAAUCCCGAAUUUAAUCAAAUCUUCAGAGGCCGAUAUUUGGUCUCUUCCGUCUUGCAGUCGAGUCCAUGCUGCAAUAGGGAAGCAAGAAAGCAACGGUCCCAUCCUUUCCACGGACGGGCGCGGGAAUCAGGCGACCGGUAUUAUCAUGGCCCUCCAUCUAUUCGAGCAUGAUUGUGCUCUCCGGAUACCCAUAGCGUAUGAGAGUGGAAAUGUGACAUUGCGGAAAUUUGCCAAGUCGGAUAGGAUGACAUCCGUUGAAGGGUUGGGAUGGAAAGUGCUGUGGAAAGUGAAACUACAUGCUGAGGCCGUAAUGGCGAUGAGCGUAACAAACGACAAUUCCAUGGCAUUAACAGUGUCUGCCGAUCAUCUGAUUGGACGAUACGACUUGUCAAAACAUCGAACGAAUCAUCCGGGAAACGGGGCUGUCGCGAUCCGUGGCGACGGCAGGGUUUGCGCUGUAGGUGGAUGGGACGGACGAAUUCGUCUCUAUUCUACGAAAUCAUUUAAACCGCUGGGAACGCUAAAAUGUCGCAAGAAUGGAUGCCAGGCUGUCGUAUUUGCACGAUCACUAUCCGCAUACCAGAUCGACGUAAAUGAAGACGAGGAUGGCAUGAGUAAACAGGAAAGGGAAGAGCGGUCUCGGUGGCUUAUCGGAGGUGCCAAGGAUAAACUCGUCACAAUCUGGUCUUUGAUGGCAUCCAAUAAAACUUGAGAAAGGGGACAUUCUUUGACCAUAAUCCAUACACUGUACACUAGUUGACACACGUAAAUUUACACACAGAUACCAUUUAAUAAAACCAUGCAAAGCGUGACAUAGAACAGAAGG